UGUAACUUAUUGGUUUUUGGUCGCGUCUGUGACUGCGCAAAAAAAUCCAAACAGAAGGGGUUAUUUUAUGUUUUUGAUCUGUUGCUUGACAAGAUGUGAACUGAAUCAUCUUGAGAAUAUCCCAACUCAAAGAUUGGAUUUGGAG